GGUAGUCAAAAUCUGAAUUCCAGCGCCGAAAUACUUUUCUGUCAGAAUCAUUUGAAUGAAAAACCUAUUUAACGUGUAGAAUACAGAGAAUCUCACACUCUACCACUAUUAAUGUCUGCCUUAGAAUGGAGGCAUGAGGGCUUGCCGGGAUUAUCUCGGUCUUACCCUGUGAACUAUCCAUAGCCCUGGAGACAUGCUAGAUCUACAUGAUUACUUCUAGUCCCGACGCACAGAUAACCAUAAAACUCAAGAAACCACAUUGCUGGCCACACCUAGCACGCAUAACAUCCCCAUGGCUGAGGAAACCCCAAUACCCCAGAUCGAAACGAAUGAUGGAAACACACGCGAUUCUGCGGCCGACCGCAUGGCCAGAUUCAAAGCUUUGAAAGCGCGACAAGCACAGAGCAGGAAGGAUAAUAUGAAGGCUUCUACUAUGGAAGCGAAAAAGAUGGCCACAGAUCACGAGAUGCUCACUAAGCUUCAGCGGCAGCGCGAAAACGCCUCACAUAAGCUCCUGAAGGCUGACACUGAGGCCUCGGGCGAAGAUUUUGAGCGCAAGAGAGCGUGGGACUGGACUGUCGAGGAGAGCGAGAAGUGGGACAGACGUAUGGAUAAGAAGGCACGGCACAAAGGAGACGUAGCAUUUCAAGACUACAGACAAGAUGCGCGCAAGGUGUACAAGCGACAAUUGCGCGAGAUGGACGCUCCAGAUCUUCAGGCAUACAAGAAAGAAAAGGCUGAUAAAAUACAAGAGGCUGCGCAGAAAGGCGAGCUCGAAAUUAUCGAAGCCGAGGACGGCGAGUUAGUUGCCGUUGACAAUGAAGGUAACCUGUUCUCGACAGCGGACUCACUCGGUGACUUCACCAAGAACAAGCCCGACAAAGCGGCUGUGGACCGUCUCGUCAGCGAUCUGAAGAAGGCUGAAGAGAUUCGGAUGAGGAAGCGACGUGACCGAGGUCUGGAAGAAGAAGGCGGCGACGUCACAUACAUUAACCAGAAAAAUAAGCAAUUCAACGAGAAACUGGCACGGUUCUACAACAAGUAUACGGCCGACAUACGGGAAAGUUUCGAGCGCGGCACAGCACUAUGAGUAGCCUUUUCGGUAGCGAUAAUACUUCGCAUCUCGCCGCUGUACUUGAAAUUUGGAGUUUGGUACUGGAGCAUAGCAGCGGGCGUUUCUCAUCUACUCAUUUUAGGUUUCGUACACCAAGUUGUGCUGCUCAGCAAACAACACUACAUAUAAGCGAUACCCUCCUUAUCAAGAUUAAAACAUUAAACUACUUUCCUUUGACACGCCAUUGGCGCUCAUAUACCAUCAUUCCUGCCUACAGUCACUGAUCACACGCCUGCAGCCA